AAAUGUAAUGUCAAAAGAACUUGUCGAAGUUUUGUUGUCAUUUCAUUAUCGGUUUUCGAUCGAAAGAUGAUUUUCUUGAAUUUAUAAUUUUCCAAAACAACAAAGCAUAUUUCAGUGCUAUGAAUAUCACACUGACCAGCCUUGAAGCUUUGAUCCUAAAAGCGACGAAUGAAUCGCUGCCAUGUCCCGACCCGGCGGCUCUGGAGGCGUUCUGCGCCAUCAUGAAGGACUCGGCGGAGGGCCCGCAGCUCGGCGCGCAGGCGCUGGCGGCGCGGAUCCACUCGCCGAGCGCCAAGGAGGCGAUGCUCGCGCUGACCAUGCUGGACCGCUGCAUGAGGCGCGGCGACACCAACUUCCAGGCUGAAGUGGGGAAGUUCCGCUUCCUGAACGAAAUGAUCAAGCUGGUGUCACCCAAGUACUUCGCCGAUCGCACUGCGCCCGAUGUUAAGACCAGGGUGCUACAACUCUUCCAUGCUUGGGCUAUAGAAUACCCAAAGGAGAGCAAGUUCAAAGUGGCAUACGAGAUGCUGAAGAACCAGGGAGUGAUCAAGGAGACCCCGGCCCCCCUGCCCUCGGAGGAAGCCCCUGUGAAGCCUCGAGUCAAACACGCCAUCUUUGAGGACGAGGAGAAGUCCAAGCUACUGAAGACACUGCUGCAGAGCAAGAAGCCGGAGGAUGUGCAGCACGCUAACAGACUCAUCAAGACUAUGGUUCGCGAGGAGGAGCGUCGCUCGGAGGCGUCGUGCCGGCGCGCGCACGACGUGGCGGCGGCGGGCGACGCGGCCGGGCUGCUGCUGUCCAUGCUGGCCUCCGCCGCCGACGCCUCCGCCGACGAGGAGCAGCUCAUCCACGAGCUGUUCACCAGCUGCAUGCGCCAGCGGACCGUGCUGCAGCGCCUCGCGUCCGACCAUGUGGGGGAGGCUGAUGAACUGGACGACAUCCUUCACGUGAGCGACAUGAUGGACGAGUGCGCCUACAAGUACCAGGCGUUCGUGAUGAUGCGCAAGCGACAAGCCGCCAAGAAGGACGCGGGGAAGGCUGAAGACACCCUGCUAGAGCUAUCAACCGGGCCGGGCGCCGCGCCGCAAGGGGAUGGGAAGAGCACCAUGGAUGAACUGGGAGAUAUAUUCUCGAGUGAACCUGCUGCGACGCCGAUAGUGGAGCCGCUGAAACCUGUUAGCUUAAUGCCACAAGAUGAUAUAGACUUAUUAGGAGAGAGUAAAGAUAAAGCGGAGGGGUGGGACCAGCUCGACUCGCUCGGGGAGCAGCUGCUCAAGCAAUCUCUCCCAGACAACGCACGCAGGGUGGACGGGUUUGUUAGCAAAUCCACAAAGAAGAUACCAAUGAACGCACUAGAAAAGAUCUCACCGAAGCACGAAGCGCAGCCGACAAACAGCGCCAUCCUCGACCUAGACUUCUUCACACAGAAACCUGUCGACAAACCGCAGCCAGAGACGAAACCUCCCGCCACCGCCGUCGGUUCCAACGAUGACAUCAUGGUGGAUAUAAGCACAGACGACACACACAAUGGAAACCCAAAUAGCCCAGUUGACAAAAUACUAGAUAUAACCUCACCAUCAAACGCAAACGCCGGAUCAAAUAACAAGCGCACAGAACAAAACGCACAAGCGAACGGAAAUGUAGAAAUAAAGCCGUUGACAAAUAUACAUGUGACUCUGGAGAUGGUGAGCUCCGACGGUCACGACCCGGUGACGCUAUUCUCUGAGCCGGGCGGAGUGACCGUCGUGCUAUAUGUCUGUGUGGAGAAGCCACGACCUGAUGUCAAUGUUGUAGUGCUCACUACGACCAGUCAACUGACGUCGCCUCUUGAAGAUUAUAAUUUCCAGGUUGUUGUGCCGAAGAACUGCAAGGCUCGCCUGCUCCCUCCCUCGGGCACGUCGCUGCCGGCGCGCAACCCCUUCCGGCCGCCGCCCGCCAUCACACAGCUGCUACUCAUCGCGCGCCCGCAACGCCCCCCGCGCCCGCAAGUCGAACUCAAGUUCGUCAUCACCUACACCAGCGAGGGCGACACCUACUCCGAAAUCGGCUCCUUCAACCCACUGCCGCUUCCGAACUUCUAGUGGAAGCUGAAACCGCUAGAUAGCGUUAGCAUCGAGCGGUUUCUGGAUUCAGAGGAGCACGUUUUGACACGUGUUAAGACUCGGAAGCGCUGUAUGUGCCUGAUUAGUUGCUGUUUUCCAACUCGCCGUAUACGCGUCAGGUGUUCGGGAUGCGCUGCACUCAGGAGCAGAAGCGUGUGUUAGAAACUGACAAAGUUAAUUGAUCUCUAUUGUAGCCGUGUGUAGUCGGUUGCUGAAUACCUUCUUAAGUGAAGGGCUUAUUUUCUCUAUCCAACAAGGUGUAUAAUAUAUAGGCUUUCAAUGUUUAAAAGCACGAUGUUUAAUAACUCGUAACUAUAUGUUUUUAAGAGCCUGCUAACUUUAUUCUACGUAAAAGCUAUUGCUUUUCAGCGUAAAAGUCCAAAGUUGCGGAUAACAAACUUAAUUAUAAGUUUCAUAAGUUUUGCAAUUACACAAGAUUCUAUUGCUUUAUUUUAUACUUACACGAAAUUGACAAAUAUAUUCUAGUCGGCGGUAAAAAAUAUUGCCAUAAUACAUGACAGAAUGCGCUUCAUUCCAAAAAAACAUUCCAAGAUAAAUGUUCACAAACCUUAUUUCGUCCUUUUAAAAGUAUGUUGCUACCGCACAUAGUUAAGUACUUAUUUUAUAUUUUUAUUUGACCUUUAAAAUAACAAUAUUCCAGUAUUUGAUGCAUUUUAAAUGUUUACAAAAUAGCGAAAUCGUUAGGAUAGUAUAGGUGUAUAGAUUUAAUUAAAAUUUUAUGCAAUUGGAUAAAAAUAUAAAUGUUAUUAGUGCAAUACAUCAUUAUAAAAAUGUCUCGAGUGUGUAUGUAUAUUCAUACCAAUAGUCAACUUAUUAAAUGAUUUUAUUAUACUUAAUCAAAAGAUCUGUCUGUAAUUCAAUUAAUAUUUGUGAAUUUUGAUCAAUACUUACAGAAAUAAAUGUAUGCAAAUAUUUUA